CCAAAAUGACAGCAACAUUUUCAUCAAACAUCCUUUACUUAUUUUUGGCAUUCUGCUCUCUAUCUGAGGGGAUUCAACUCAAUUGUCCUUUUCCAUUUCUGAAUCAAAAUGCACAUCUGGGUUCAGAGAAACUCUGUGCAGCGCUGCAACUGCAGACCAAGUUGCCUUGUUCCAGUGUGAACCUGUCCGUGAGUGAAAAUGUGCGACUGUAUCCUGCAAAAUGGCAUCUGGAGAGUCUGUCACUGAAGGUGGAAAAAACUUGUAGUUUCACGGUGUUUCAACAAGACAAAGAAAGCCAACAUUUUCCUGGAGGAUUCUAUUCAAACAUUAAUAUAAGUUCCAUCAAUGCUCAGUCAGAAUUUGUGUGUAUUUGUCCAAAAUUGCACAACAGAUACAGACGUGAUCUAAGUGAUUUUCAAAAAAAGCAUUUAGUCGACAUUCCUGAAUCUCCAUGUGACACAAAGUAUUGGAAGAAGAAGUGGGAUGAUUCAAUGAAUCACAGAAAGAAAUGUGCAGGCAAGAAUAAAGAUUUCCAUGAACCAAAGACUCAGUCCUUCAUGAAAAGACAAGAUUUCAAUGAUAUCAAUAAAAUAUUUACACGUGACUCCAAAUUUCAAAUUAAAAACGGCAACAGGAACAAUUUAUACAGAAGCAAGAUCAAAAUGAAUAUUUAUGAUGUCCAAUUAAAAAAUGGAGUUCCAUACGUUGUACAUAGAUGUGAUUAUGUUGUGGCUGGCCUUGACAACAAUGGUUAUCCAGUUCAUUAUGAACCAGUUACAAGAGAUAUUGCUGAACAGUUUCCUGUGGAAACUAUGUCUAAAUAUAUGGAAACUGAAGAAACUGAUGCACCUAAAGAAUUAAAAGUAGCAUCCAUGACUGCGAUCAGAGAACUGUCAGACAUGAUUGCGACUGGAGAAGGGAUUGCUAUGACUGCAGAUGGAGGUUGCAGUAUAUCUGAAGAUGACGAAUCUUUGCCCGGAGAUGGCACAACUCCAGUCGGAGGUGAUAAGACUCUGGUCGGUGAUGGCGCAACUCAAUUCGGAGUUUUCAAUAAUCUGUUCCAAGGUUUCAACAAUUUAUUCCAAGGUUUUACAAGUCUGUUUCAAGGUCUUGCAACUCUCUUCCAAGGUAUCAUAGAUUUGUUCAGUGGUGGCAUGACACCGGUUGGUGGUGCACCUAAAAAACCAUCAGCCACGACUGUAGCCACCACUGUGGCUGUGGCUGUGCCUGUGCCCACGACUGCGGUCCGAAAAGAGACAAAUGUGACUGUAGCAAUGACUGUAGCAACAACUGCAGUUGGAAAAGAGACAAGCGUGACCACAGCAGCGACUGUAGCAGCAACUGCAGUCAUAGAAGGGACACACAUGACCGUAGCCACAACUCCAUUUGAAAAACGAGACAAGCGUGACCACAGCAGCGACUGUAGCAGCAACUGCAGUCAUAGAAGGGACACACAUGACCGUAGCCACAACUCCAUUUGAAAACGAGACGAGCGUGACCACAGCAGCGACUGUAGCAGCAACUGCAGUCAUAGAUGAGGAAGGCAUGACUGUAGCCACGACUGCAGCUGUAGAAGAGACAACCAUAACCGCAGCAACGACUGCACCUGGAGAAGAGCCCGAUGCAACUGGGACUAGAAGUUCUAAAGGAACAUUUAUCGCCAUGGAAAUUUUUUUAUACCCUUUUCACAAAGUAUUUUAUUACCAUUUUUAUCUUAAA